AUGCCCGCGUACGCCAGGAAACACACGCAGACGCUGCUCCGCGAGAGCCCAUUCUUCGAGUACCCCGACGAGGAGCCCGAGGAGUGCGACGACGUCGAGGAGGACGCCCCGUGCGCGGACCAAGCCUCCGCGGCGAAGCAGUGGCGCGCGAACGUCCACCCCGGCCCUCUGCUCGUCGCGAAGCAUCGGAAACCGGACGGGGGCUACUUUGGGGAUUCGUCGCCGUUCUACCACGCCGUCCUGCAGCCGACGACCGUGGACGACCUCGUGCCGUUCGACGGGCGGACGCUGAACCCCGGCGGCGCGGGCGCACACGCGAGGGACGAGGAGAAGAAGGACGCGGGCGUCAACUACCCGUGGCUGACGGCGUACGAGAGACGCGCGCGGGGGAUCGACGUCGACGCGGCGGAUGGCGAGCUCCUCGAAAAGUUUCGCGGGUGUCGGAAAGACGACGGCGGCGGGUUCUGGCAGCUUGAGACCGGGAUGGAGAAGAUCACCGCGGUGAAGCAGUGA